GGAAUGGUACCAUCAAUGGGAAAGUGAAUAUAGGACACAUAAAGAAGAACAUGAGUUAAGAACGGGAGAAUUAGAUGAAUGUUUAAAUUGUGAAUUAUGUCAUCCGAUAGAAAAUGAACCAAUGGUAUUCAAGAAAUUUUGUGAUGCAUUAUUUAAGUUCGAAGAUACAAUAAUAAUAUAUAAUUAUGUAACGAUCAAGGGAGUAAUAGAUUUAUUAAGUAUGGAUAAUUCAGAAAGAGAAGAUACAAUACACAAGGGAAAAUGUAGAGACAUAAUGGAUAGAAUAACGGAAUCAAUAAGAUAUAGGAUACAACCAAAAAUGAAAGAAAAAGGAUUACGAACAAUUAUAUUAGUAAUUGUAAGAGAUUGUAUUGAAGGAGAUUUAGAGAAUGAAGUAUUUGAUAGAUUAAUUGGUAAUCCUGAAUUAAUAGAACACAAAUAUAUUUUGGAAGAUUGGGAUGUUGAAAGAAGGUUUGAAAAAUUUUGGCAAUGGUACAAGAUCACAUCGAAAGAAGUUGAACCAUUACGAGUAAAGAUGGGGGCAAUAAAGACAUUCAGGGAAUUACUUUAUGAAGAAGAAGGAAUAGCUACGAAUGAGGAGAAAGUAAAAGAAUUAAUGUCCAAUAUGGAAUAUGGGAAUAUAGACAUAGAAAAUGUUCACGAAUAUCACAGGAAUAUGGUACAAAAGAUAAUAAGAAUAUUUAUAGAUACUAGGGGCUUUACAAAAGAACCAGAAGAUUCAGAAAGUGAAGAUAGCUUAGAAAGUUAUGAAAUGAAAAAGAAUUUUAACGUGAGUUUAUAUCUUAGAUUUGAAAGAUUCAGGUACUGGUGGAAUGACAAAUAUGAAGGUAAACAAAUACAUACAUAUCAUGAAAAUGAUUCACCAGAAUGGUUCGAGAAGAUGUUAUCUGAGAGAGAGAAUUUGCAAGAAGAUACUGUAAGAAAACUGACAGAUAGCAUGACAUUUAAAGAUAGUGAAGAUAUAGACGCAGGAGAUCCUAUUAUAUUGGGAAUAGAUGAUGGAGUAAUAGAAUGGAUUGUAACAGAUUUAAAAGAAGCGAUGGAAAGAACACAAAAAUUCAAGUUAGUGGAGAUAGAGCAAGAAGAAGGUAAUGAAAUAUAUGAUUCCGAAGAGGAAAUAGAAAUAAUAGUGGAAGAUGAAACGUGGAAGUUAAGUGAAAUAAGGACAGGAUUAAGACAACUGAUAGUAAACCCAAAAGAAAAGCUCAUCAGAGAAAUAAUGAAAUUUGGAAUAAAAGAAAAGAUAGAAACGGGAGUACUGUUGACAUAUGAUUUUAUAAGAUAUUAUAUUUUUCAGGAGGGGAAAUUUGAUAAGUCUGAAGACAUAAAGGAUUGGAUAGAUUUGAGUACAAAAAUAUGUGGUAGAUGCAAUAAACAGAAAUUAGAUUAUGUGAUAUCGGAAGAUGACGGCAGAUGUGAAGAAUGUAAUCGGGAAAUACGGGAAGAUGAACAAGAUGAAUUAAUAGAACUAAAAAACAACUUAGAAAAAUUAGGAUACGAAAUGGAUUUAUCGGAAAUUCAAAGAAUAAAGAAUUUUGGAGUUAAUAAUCGAAUAAUGGUAACAGAAGAAUUCAUAGAAAGGUAUAUGGGAAUAAUAGAAUUAGAAGAUAGAGAGUUAAGAAAAGAGAUUCAUAAGUGGUUAAAUGAGAAUACAACUUGGUGCGAAAGAUGCGAAAUAAGAUGGAUGAAUGAUAUGUUUAGAUUAGAAGGAACUAUAUGCAAAGUUUGUGAGGAAGAAGAUAUUGAUGAAAUUGAUGAUCGGGUAAAAAGAUUGCAAAAGAUUUUUGAAGAUAUUGGAACAAUGAUAACUGAAGAAGAAUUGUUAAGAUUAACUAGUAUGGGAUAUACAGAUGGAGAAAUUUUAGAUAAAGAAUUUAUUGAAAUCUUUCAAGAAAAUAAGAAUGAGUCGGAAUAA